GAGAAGUCGGAUGUCUUGGUGGACGCGGUUUGGUUCUGCGCCGGGAUUGACAGGGACUCGAGCCUCAGCCUGCUGAAGGAAGACCGUAUGGGGGCCUUCCUGCUCCAUCCGGACCCGGGGUGCUCCGGGCACUUCACUCUGUACAUGAGCACCCAGUGCGGGGUCAUCCCCUACAAGAUCUACACCAACCAGAAGGCCAAGUACUGCUUCGAGCACCUCCCCCAAGAAUUCCCCAGCCUGGCGGCCCUGGUGGAGCACCACACCGGAGCGGACGGCAGCCUCUUCUUCCAGCUGGCUCAGGGCAGAGUGAAUCUGUGCUACGAGUCGGAGGACCCCCAAUCCAGCCCGCCCUCCCCCCGA